AUGAGCGACACAGGGCGACCGACAGAGGUUGCACGAGAAGAAGCCGCUGCAGAGGCUGGUCCUGGAGCCGCGACCACGAACUCUGUACCCGCCAACCAACUCUCAGAAGACGUCGAAAACAACAGCACGUCUUCAGUAUCCACCAAAAACGAUGAUGUACCGCCACAAGAAAGGCCACAGCUGGAGCGCAAGGAUUCAACGCCAUUGGAAGAGCGAUCAAAGGGCAAGAUUGCUUUGAUUAUGACUGCUCUGGGCAUGGCCGUCUUCCUCGCUGCCCUCGACGUCACCAUCAUCACAACCGCUCUGCCCACCAUUUCAGAAUACUUCCACUCGGCCGCAGGUUAUACUUGGAUUGGUUCAGCAUACCUGCUAGGAAAUGCCUCGAGUGUGCCGUUAUGGGGCAAGAUCUCCGACAUCUUUGGACGAAAGCCUAUUUUGAUUGUUGCAAACCUGCUCUUCCUCAUCGGCUCUCUUAUCGCCGCUCUUGCCAACAGCAUUGGAAUGCUCAUCGCUGCUCGUGCGAUCCAAGGUGUGGGUGGUGGUGGCCUGGUCACCCUCGUCAACAUCUGCAUUAGCGACUUGUUCAGUCUGAGAAGAAGAGGUGCUUACUUCGGUAUCAUUGGAGGUGUCUGGGCAUUGGCUUCAGCCAUCGGACCUGUCAUUGGUGGUGUUUUCACCGAGAAGGUUUCAUGGAGAUGGUGCUUCUACAUCAACUUGCCCCUCGACGGUGCCGCCCUCGUUAUCAUCUUCUUCUUCCUUGACUUGAAGACACCAAGAACUCCUCUCUGGGAAGGACUAAAAGCAAUCGACUGGAUUGGAGCCUUGCUCGUCAUUGGUGGCGUCCUCAUGUUCCUGUUUGGCUUGGAGUAUGGAGGUGUCACCUACCCCUGGGACUCCGCAACUGUCCUUUGCCUCAUCAUCAUGGGUGUCUUCACCAUGGUAUUGUUCUUCAUCAAUGAGUGGAAGUUUGCCAAAUCCCCAGUCAUGCCUCUGCGCAUCUUCCAGACUAGGAGCAACAUUGCCGUUCUUGGUGUCUGCGCCAUUCACGGUAUGGUUUUCAUCUCGGCUUCAUACUACUUGCCUCUAUACUUCCAGGCUGCUCGUGGCGCAACCCCACUAUUGUCGGGUGUCUACAUCCUCCCUCAAGCUUUAUCCUUGUCCUUCGCUUCGAUGGCCACUGGUAUCUUUAUCCGCAAGACGGGCCAAUACUUGCCCGCAAUCUGGUUCGGAAUGGUCUUCCUCGUUCUGGGCUUCGGCCUUUUUGUCGACUUUACAGCCAACAGCAGCUGGGCCAAGUUGAUCAUCUACCAGAUCAUCGCCGGAAUUGGCAUUGCCCCAUUGAUCGCGCUUCAAACUGGCGUCCAGCCUAGAGAUAUUGCUACAGCGACAGCAACAUUUGGCUUUGUCCGCCAAAUCUUCACCUCCAUCUCUGUCGUCAUUGGUCAAACCGUGUAUCAGAACCAGAUGAACACCAAGACAGCUCGCCUGGUGGCAGCACUUGGUCCUCAAGCCGCUUCCCAGUUGACAGGAGGUGGCGCUGGAGCCAACACCGAGCUCAUCGACAACCUUCCCAAUGGACAAAAGCAGGUCGCGCAAACAGCAUUCGCACAGAGCUUGCAUCCCAUGUGGAUCAUGUAUGUAUGUUUUGCAGCGCUUGGUCUGAUUAUCAGUCUGUUCAUCCAAAAGAAGGAGCUCAGCAAGAAGCAUACCGAGACAAAGACUGGACUUGAUGCUCAGCGAGCAAACGCUGCGGCGCAAGCUCAAGAGGAUGAAGACAAGAAGGUCGCGAAAGAGAGAAAGCUGCAUGAUCCCGAGAAGGGUGAGGCAUAA